CGCUCCAGGAGGGGCCGGAGCGAGCAGAUCUCGCGUGCGCUCGCCGCCCGGCGCAGCCCAGCCCGGCCCCCGCCUGGCGCCGCAAGCCGAGGUGUCGCCCGCGCCCGCGCCCGAGUCUCCGCCGUGCCCGCGAGCGGGAGCCGGAGCCGCCGCCGCCCGAGCGCAGCAGAGCGCACGCCGCGCCCGCUCGUCGCCGCCAUGGCCACCACAGUGACCUGCACUCGCUUCACCGACGAGUAUCAGCUCUACGAGGAUAUUGGCAAGGGGGCUUUCUCUGUGGUUCGACGCUGUGUCAAGCUCUGCACAGGCCAUGAAUAUGCAGCCAAGAUCAUCAACACCAAGAAGCUGUCUGCCAGAGAUCACCAAAAGUUGGAGAGAGAGGCUAGAAUCUGCCGCCUUCUGAAGCACUCCAACAUCGUGCGCCUCCAUGACAGCAUCUCCGAGGAAGGGUUCCACUACCUGGUCUUCGAUCUGGUCACUGGUGGGGAGCUCUUUGAGGACAUCGUGGCUCGAGAGUACUACAGUGAGGCCGAUGCCAGCCACUGCAUCCAGCAAAUCCUGGAGGCCGUUCUCCAUUGCCACCAAAUGGGGGUUGUCCACAGGGACCUCAAGCCUGAGAACCUGCUCCUAGCCAGCAAGUGCAAAGGGGCGGCAGUGAAGCUGGCGGAUUUCGGCCUGGCUAUUGAAGUGCAGGGGGACCAGCAGGCAUGGUUUGGGUUUGCUGGUACGCCGGGCUACCUGUCCCCAGAGGUCCUCCGCAAGGAGGCAUAUGGCAAGCCAGUGGACAUCUGGGCGUGUGGGGUGAUCCUCUACAUCCUGCUUGUGGGCUACCCACCCUUCUGGGAUGAGGACCAGCACAAGCUGUAUCAGCAGAUCAAGGCCGGAGCCUAUGAUUUCCCAUCCCCUGAAUGGGACACGGUCACUCCCGAAGCCAAAAACCUCAUCAAUCAGAUGCUGACCAUCAACCCUGCCAAGCGCAUCACAGCGCACGAGGCCCUGAAGCAUCCUUGGGUCUGCCAACGCUCCACUGUGGCCUCUAUGAUGCACAGACAAGAGACAGUGGAGUGCCUGAAGAAGUUCAAUGCUCGGAGGAAGCUCAAGGGCGCGAUCCUCACCACCAUGCUGGCCACGAGAAACUUCUCAGCAGCCAAGAGUUUACUCAACAAGAAAGCAGACGGAGUCAAGCCCCAGACGAAUAGCACCAAAAACAGUGCAGCUGCCACCAGCCCCAAGGGGACGCUUCCUCCUGCCGCCCUGGAGUCUUCUGACAGCACCCACACCACCAUAGAGGAUGAAGACACAAAAGCGAGGAAGCAGGAGAUCAUCAAGAUCACGGAGCAGCUCAUUGAGGCUGUCAACAACGGUGACUUUGAGGCUUAUGCGAAAAUCUGCGACCCAGGCCUGACCUCGUUUGAACCUGAAGCUCUGGGCAACCUGGUCGAAGGGAUGGACUUCCACAGAUUCUACUUUGAGAACUUGCUCGCCAAGAACAGCAAACCCAUCCACACGACCAUCCUGAACCCGCACGUGCACGUCAUCGGCGAGGAUGCUGCGUGCAUCGCCUACAUCCGCCUCACGCAGUACAUCGACGGGCAAGGCCGGCCCCGCACCAGCCAGUCUGAGGAGACCCGCGUGUGGCACCGCCGUGAGGGCAAGUGGCAGAACGUGCACUUCCACUGCUCGGGUGCGCCCGUGGCCCCGCUGCAGUGAAGAGCUGCGCUGGUUUCACGGGACAGACUCAAUGUUUGGAGCCCAGCUGCCCUCAGGGGGCACGGCCUGCCUGUCGCAUGUUUGUGUCUGCCUCGUUCCUCCCCUGGUGCCUGUGUCUGCAGAAAACCAAGACCAGAUGUGAUUUCUU